AUGAUUCUUGAGGUGCUCUACGUCAAUGAUCUCAUCCUGGCCAGAAACAACAACAAACUACUCAAGUCGACCAAGAUGGCGCUGAGCACACCCUUCGAAAUGACGGACCUCGGUGAGCUCAUUUACUUUCUCGGCAUGAAGAUCAAGAAUGACCGUAAGACUGGAAUGAUGACUGCGCGACAAACCAAGUUUCUCAAGUCCGUGUUGACCAAGUUUGGAAUGGAUAACAUCAAGCCAGUGAAGACGCCUGAAGAUCCCGGUCUGAAGCUUACCAAGAACAUGUGUGACCAAGAAUGCAAGCGCGAAGACACCAUGUGCAACGUGCCAUAUCGAAGUGCUGUCGGAAGCAUCAUGUAUCUCAUGGUCGCCACACGUCCGGAUCCAUCUGCUGCAGUGGGAUCAUUAUCCCAGUUCUCGUCCGACCCAUGCCCGACUCACUGGCAAGCUUUGAAGCGUGUGCUAAGAUACCUGCAAGCAACGACCAAUCACGGUCUUGAGUUCACACGUGAAGAAGGUAGUCGUAUAUGCGGGUACACCGACGCAGACUGGGUCGGCGACAUUGAGUCAAGACGAAGUGCAAGCGGCUAUGUGUUCUUGAUGAACGGAGGAUGCAUCAGCUGGAAAAGCCAGAAACAACGGACGGUCGCGCUAUCUUCAACGGAAGAAGAAUACAUGGCGCUUUCCGAAGCAACCAAAGAAUCAGUAUGGCUCAAGGUUUUUUGGGGGAACUUGGUGAGAUGGCAAGCGACGAAGCAAUCAAGAUAUGUGAAUACAACCAAGGAUCAAUCGCUCUCGCCAAGAACCCGGAGUUCCAUAAGAGAACAAAGCACAUCGACAUACGCUACCAUUUGUGCGUGA